UUUGAAUUCACCUCCGUUGCUGCAUUUGAAUCGUGAAGAACCUUCAACAUCCAUGCACUCUUACAAAUAAAUGCCAUAGAAGAACCAUUUUUGGUUCUCCAAAGAAAUUUUUAAAAUCUGAAGCGUUUUCAACAAGAAGUGGAAAGGUUCUAUGGAUGGUGAAGGUUCUGGUGACUUGAUCCUGUUUACACCUGGUAUUAAGAUGCAUUCUGGUCGAUCGGAUCACAAGUAGACGAGGGAGACGCAUUCCCAUUUACACCUGGUGUUUUAAUCUGUCUCUUUAGUCCACUUUCGUCCACUUCUGUCUUGAUUUCUACGAUUCAGCUACCUCAGAAAGUGGUCAAAAGUGGAAAAGCUUGAAACAAUUUAUACCCCAUUUCCCUGGUAAAAUUCACAUUCCAGGGGCUAAAUAUCAUGUUAUUUGAGGUCGCUUCAACCCGCGGACAUGAAAAACAACCCACGGCAACAGUGUUAAAGUAGCCCAAUUCCACGGGAAAACCACGGACUUGGUAACACUGGCGAUAAUGUAAAAGUAGGCGUUGUUGUUUUCCUCCAGAGGCAGUCAUAUGCAAAUGAUUGUGCCCCUGUGACGUCACAUGACACCUCUGUUCCAAACAAAGCUUUUUUACAGCUUGAUUAUAUAAAUGCUUUUUUAUUGAUGACGAGGAUGUUUUAAGUUAUGGAACUUGCAGGAUGUAAUAAUGAUACAAAGACCUGUUAUAUGCCAAAAAUUUGAUUUCUCAUGUCAUGACCCCUUUAAUACCAGGCGUAAACAGGGCCAAAACAUAAAUGUAACUAGAAUAUUAUUAGACUUAAUAUCUGCUAACACUUUAUUUUGAUGUCGCUGCGAAAAACCCCUUUUAGAAUCUUUAUUUUUGAGGAAUUUAAGGAAGUGGAAUUCAAGUGGAAUUUGAUGCAUGCAACUGUACUGUGUAGUUUUUAAUAAUACAUUUUGUGUUUUGUAUGAAUUACCUAUUUAAAAAAAAACAAAAAACAUACAUAUGACCCAUAAAUGACAUUUAAUCGAAUUUUGCAUUACAUUUAAUAAAUAAAACUCAGUUUCAUUCAGUUCAAAUUCAAGGAAAACCUGUCCUUAAAUUCUGAAUGUUGCCAAAUCUUGAGAAAUAUUUUCUUAUUUUAAAAUCUUUCCAUUUGCACUAGAAAAGGCAAGAAUGAAUGGAUGAAGCAUUUAUAUAGCGCUUUUAUUCCAUAUAUUGUACACCCAAAGCGUUUUACAAUCACAUCAGUAUGCAUUACGUAGGUUUUCAGCUCAAGUUGCUCAAGUUGCUCAAGUUUCUCGUCUCAAGCUGAGUUCCAGCGAAGGCCUCAGUUUCUGAAUCUCACACAGUCUGGGAUAAUGGUCUAUUUUCCCUCAUGUGCGUGUGCCAGGGAAGGAGGUUAUAAUAUCCCUUCCAGAUGUGCUGGAGCUCCUGUGCACCAAUAGCAGAGGGUCUCAAGGAAUUUUCAUUGCGCAACCGGAACGUAUGACGAUGACGUUACAAGGAAUGGCUGCAACUUCCUAUAACAGAGUCGAUGCAUUAUAGUCUGUUGGACUGAUAGAGCUUCUGAGGAAAACUUCUGUGAAUAUGGUCAUUGUGCAUCAGUGAAAAACAUGUUUAUGUGGAAAAUCUCUGCGUUAUGGUUCAUGUGAAUGCUUGUAAAAAUAUGCACCUUAUGUGCCGAAAGCAGCCCGAGCAUGAGCUCCACUCCUCAAGCAUGUCUUUGUUUUCCUUUAGGGUGGACCAUCUGUACACGUUCUUUGUCCAGUGGUCUCCAGAGAGCAUCUACAGUAAACACACCAGCAAGCAGGACUUCCUAAAGGUCCAUCCAGAGACCCUCAAUGUGAUUGACACUUUACUGAAUAAUUCUGCUCCCAAAAACUGGAAGAUCGUCACUGUCAAUCAGCAGAAGCGUCGUCCGAGUGUUUGCAGCUCUGCCGACUCUGAAUCCGAGGACCUGCAGCCAGUUUUAGUAGAUCGCAGUCAGAUCCUGAAAGAACACCAUCUCGAACAACUGAUGAACCACAUUCCGGCUCGGACUCAAGGUUAUCCGUGGAAGCUGGUGUACAGCACGGCGGAGCACGGCACCAGUCUGAGAACACUGUACCGGCAGAUGGCAGAAAUAGACAGACCCGUCCUGAUGGUCAUCAAGGAUUCAGACAAUCAGGUGUUCGGAGCGUUUUCCUCUGACCCUUUCAAAGUGAGCAGCUACUGCUACGGGACGGGAGAGACGUUCCUCUACAGCUUCAGUCCAGAGUUUCAGAUCUUCCGCUGGAGUGGAGAAAACUCCUACUUCGUGAGAGGAUUCCUGGACUCUCUUCAGAUGGGAGGAGGAGGGGGUCCGUUCGGAUUGUGGCUGGACGCUGACCUGUAUCGCGGCUCCAGUUACUCCUGCGACACCUUCUGCAACCGGCCGCUCAGCCUCCAUCACGACUUCACCAUUCAGGAUCUGGAGGUCUGGACCUUCAUCUGAGCAGAAAUCCGCUGCUGUUUCCCGGCUGUAUUGGUGUUAUCACUGCUGUUUCAUCUGAACAAACAACCGAUGAGUUUGUUCCAGCAAUGAAACCUGCAGAACUUGUCUGUUGACUCGAACAGAACGUCUUCCUCACUUGCAUGUGGUUUUAGAUAAAAGAUUCUGCUAUGAAAUAACAACAAUGUAAAUGUGGUUAAAGGAAACAAGUUGAGGCAGGAUUUGGGUUUUCAGUUCCCAUUUCCAGUAACCUUUAACUGUUGAAGAGGCCUGAUGGGACCUGAACGGCAUUGCUCAAGAUGCAAAGCCUCAAGCGCACAUGUUCCAGACUAUGUAGGCAACAUACUGUAGCACACUAGUGUUGAAACGAAGCCUGUGAGUACUACUGACAUAAGGCUUUAGUGUCUUUACUUUAAAAUGCACUUACUGGUUUAUGUGACCGACUACUACAUGAAAAAGGAUUUGAAAAGGAAAAAUGUUUUGCUGUAUGAUUGUGAUUUUACUACGUUAUUUUUUUACUGUAUUUAAAGAACUUUGUGAUCACUGAAUUGUGUUUUGGGAUUUUGAUUGUGUUUAUUGUGCAGUGCUGGCACUGCAUUUGGGUUUUGGAUAUCUAAUAAAACAUUAUUUUUGGAAA